CCGCCGCGACAUGUGUUUCGUCGGUUGCUUUUCUCGUCCACGCCGUCGACAUUUCUUUCUUUUUCGGAGUCACCGCUUUCUCUUCUUAUUCCAUCUCUUCUACCUUCAACCAUCGUCAAUCGCUUGAUGGUUUUGGUGCUGCGCGAACGUCACUAAUUGUAGGAUUUCGCUGCUUGCUCUCCCUCUUGACACUCCGGAGAAAAGGUGUCUUCUCCAUUUUUUUUUUAACCAAGAAGGGACGCAAUCCGUGCAAUCCUCAAACCACGAAAGUUCGCGUCUGCCCGCCCCCCCAAAUCUCAACCACCUAAUCGACCUUCCCUCGACAAAACCCGUGUGGGACCAAAACCGAACCUCGAACAGUAGCCAAGAAAGAGGGAAAACAUACAAUAAAAACAAACCAAGAACCGAAGUUCGCCUCUCGGUUUCGCACACUUUUUGCUUGCUUUGCAACGCGAAAUAAAAAAUCUUACAGAGACGAUUAAAUAUUAAUUGGCAAUUUGCCUCGGCACCUGUCAGCAGGAGAAGAAAGUUUGCAUUCGCUUUUCCCACACCAAAGACUAUUGAACAACAAGCGAUUGUGAACGAGGAUUUUUACCACCCAAAGUCGUCGCACGCCACUUUGUGUUUACAUACAGAUCAAUCGCGAGCCGAGUCGACGACAGUAUAUCAUUAAGAAAAUUAUAAAAACAAACCCUUUCGGCAGAUCGUCACUAUGAGUGCAGCCAUCGCCAUGGCUCCCUCCCCUGCCCCCCAUGACAGGCCAUCUUUCCCCUCGGACCUGUCAUCGCCUUCCAACUCGCGUACCGCAUCCGCGGCCUCACAAAUGCCUCUUGCCGCCCCGAACAACGCGACGAGCACACAAAGGUCCGGAAGCGGAAGCCCUCGAGGCUCCAGGACGGCCAAUGGUCCCAAAUCAUCACCUCCUAGCGCGUCACGAAAUGGUGUCACCCCCAAGAUAGUGGUUAAGAAGGAACCCGGCUCGCCUGAGCACGCGCCUCGGAGGCGUCCUGGUAGAUUGGAUCUGUCCAAGGGCGGUUCCAACGCGGCUGGACCCAGCACCGCGCGCCCAUUGACAGCCAGGGAUGGGCUCGGAAUUCAAGAGGUUGGGUUGGCCUGUCUCUCUCCUGGAUUUGUCACGCAAGAUCCCGUCAUGAAGGAACAGCUUCAGCGCAGCAUGAGCGUGCGAGAGCAGCAGCGACACAUCAUCGAGGCCCGUCUCCAGCAGCAAUCGGCCAAGGGUGAUGGGCCAGACCACAGCAAGGACAAAGAUAGCGGUAACUUCGCGGCCAAAACUCCAGGCAUCUCAUCUCGAAGGAACAAGGCACCUCCGGGGCUCAGCAUCGUUGCCCCGUCUCACGAACAAUUUGCGCAUGAGCGUGUCAUCCAGUCUGCGCCGCUUGGCCAAACGUUUACAGGCAUGCACAAUUCGCAACCUCUAACCCGACACAUCACGAACCAACCGUCCAAGCUGUCGAACACGUCACACAUCCACCAUGUCCCGGCCACUCAGACAAACAACCGCUUGCCACCCAUAUCUGAUGUUUUCGGCCAAGGCUUAUCUGGCCACCCCGAAUCUGGCGGCCAUGCUGUGUUUGCUCAACAGAGCGCCGCCCGUGCUCCCCCCGCGUCCCCAGGACAUGCGCACAUUCAGCAAAUGCAACAAGCACAACACCAGCAGCCCCCGCACACGAGUAGGCCAAGAGAGUACAAGUCGGCCGAGGAGGCCCAGCAAGAGCUUGCUGGCGGCAGGCCUGAGCUUCUGCCCAAGAUUGUCCAUUAUGGAGGCCACCAGCCGCCGACCCCUCCUUCGCCACAGCCUGGUCAACAGAGAUCUUCGGCCGCGGAUCCAAGCCGAAGUGCCAGCCGGAGACGCACGCGCGCCGAGUACGAGGAUGGCGCCUCUCCGCCACUUGGUACCGGACGUGGACCACGCCGUAUGCCGUUUGGAGAGGGUCGCGACAGCCCGGAGUCUCAACGUGCCAAGAGGGAAGAGUUCUUACGUCUUUGCGAACGGGCAUGGGACCUGUUCCAUUCUUGAGUCAUAUAUGCGCACUAUUUUUCAGUAAGCUGCUUAGCUUUCUGUGUAUGGAUAUUUUGCCGGCGUUGUUGGCAGGUGAGGCUGCGCAUGUGGGUUUGGAGUCGACUCUGCCCACAUCUCACAACGAAUAACUUCUUUCUACGUCUCCCGGAUGGGGUCGAAAUUUUUUUUCUUUGGAUUUAUACUAUUCGUAUCUCUCGUUGAGUCCAUUAUUACGUUGGACAUACGCUAUUGGGGGCUGGUCAUCAGGGGAACGGUUUUGGACGGUAAUGUCUUCUGUGUACACUUUUUCCCCAGUACCUCGGGAAGCCACACAAGACAGGUGUGGUCUCUUGAGGACAAUUGGGGUUUAUAUUUGUUCCUUUUUUCGUUUUUUUUUUAUUUGUUCUCUUUUUUUUUCGCUGGUUUUAAGGCGCGAGUGGGUUGGAACAGGGCUAGUAUCGAUGAUAACCUUGCAAUACAGGAGAGGCCUCCUCGUUUGCAAUUUCCUUCUCUUUUUCCGAUAUCUAUUACAAUUUUAUGUCUAUUAUAUUGUCUUUACCUUGUUAGUUCUGAUAUCUCGUCGCUAGGACGGCUUAGCCACGAAAGGUUUAUGGAAAAUAUAAGAGGAAUUUUG